GUACUAAAUAGAAUUUGUCCCACGUCAAGCCAUGAGCUCUACUUCUAGGCUGAGGAAGCAUAGGGAGCGGCUAGCUUGUGCAGCAUGCCGGCAGAGGAAGCUCAGGUGUGAUCGUGAAAGCCCCUGCGGCAGCUGUGUUCGCAGGAGAGAUGUUACAUCAUGCUCCUACGAAGUUUCCAUCGAUAACUCGGAGCGCGACCGUGUCGGCCAAGCCGCCCAGGCCCAAGCACGCCUUGAACAUUUGGAGCACCUCGUCGAGUUACUUGCGGGACAACGUACAACUACCACUAACGGAGUUCAAGAUGCCACUCCAUCUGCUGCGUUGCCACCAGAUCCGGGCAUCGCGGAACAUGCAAAUGCAUCGUCUUCUUCACGUUCUGACCUUUGUUACCAGGCUGGAGGCGGCACAACACACUGGUCAGCCAUGCUGGAUGAUAUACAAGCUCUCAGGUCUACGCUCGAGUCUUUCGAGGACAAUAAUGCAGAUGCUGAAGACGCCAGCGCUCCUCAAUUAGAGGCCGGAAUGGGAAUAGGCGUUAUGUUCGGUGCUGGUCUCUCGCAAGCUCUCAGUAUCGAACAAGUACUCAUUACUCAUCUUCCCUCACGAAGGAAUGCCGACCGCCUGGUGUCAGCAUACUUCCGAGUUCGGUUGUACAUCACGCCAUUCAUACACUCAGUGCAAUUUCGGAGGCAGUACGAGGCUUUUUGGAAUGACCCUACUGCCGCAUCGCCGCUCUGGAUCUCGAUCCUCUUUUCAAUGCUGUUCAUGGCCACCAACAUUUCCCGGACGGGUAGAGAAAACGAGGCACCAGGGCAUGGAUUUACAGUUGCUGCCGCCCAGUGUCUUGCUUUGGGCGAGUAUUUCCGUCCCAAGGCCUUCUGCUUUGAAGCACUCCUGCUUUACGUUCAAUCGCGUUUCGUCACUUGUCUAGAGAUCUCUCCAGAUAUGGGUACUCUUCUUAGCAUGCUUGCCCAUAUCGCCACGGUUUCAGGCUAUCACAGAGAGAGCAGCGUCCCAGGCCUGAGUCCCUUCGCAGCAGAGAUGCGACGCAGGGCAUGGAGUAUGUUCUUGCAGCUUGAUCUUCUGGUAUCAUUCCACCUGGGUGUUCCGUGUAGAAUCACCUUAUCAGUCUCAGACACACAGGUUCCAAGCAACCUCCUCGACUCCGACUUUGACGAAGACAGCACUCGACUGCCUGCCUCACGACCGAAUACUGAGCUGACUGGUGUGACAUUUUGCAUCCUGAAGCACAGAUUCAUGACAAUAUUCGACAAGAUCCUUCAACAUGUGCUGAUGAAUCGUUUACACGAAGCAAAAGAUCAUGAUAUCGACUCUUUGGACACUGAACUGAAAGAUUUAUACGAAACCCUACCGGAAUUAUAUCAGCCUCGGCCAAUAGAAAAUUGUGUCAUCGAUCAUCCCCAACUUAUUGUCGCUCGUCUUUGUAUCUCUUUUGUAUACUACAAAUGUCUCUGUGUUCUUCAUCGUCCACAUGUAACAAAAUAUCGAGAUAAGAGCCUCCGAGAAUGCUAUGCCGCGUCAUCUGCCCUGGUAGCUGAUCUCUUGCGUGUUUAUGAGGAGUGUAAGCCUGGAGGUCAGCUGGACACUGAGGAGUGGCUUAUGAAGAGUAUCACUUGGCAUGACUUCUUACUCGGUGUAACCACACUGUGUCUUGUGGCCUACGCAACAAAUCAGACAACGGAGGGAUUCCAUAUUGACCAGCCGGGUGCAAAGCUUCUCUUGGAGAGAGCCAGAACAGUUAUUCAGAUUGAACAAUCAGAAUAUGGAGCAAGGGCUCAACCUAGAGUUUUAUCAAUAGUGGAAGCUACCGUUACUCAUUUGGAGGCGCAACAAAGCAAAGAAGGCAUGCAAGUACUGGCUGAUAUGAAUACGUUACCACCCACGAACACCAUGCGAGCAUCAUCAAAUGGAACUGAGAGAUGGAGCUGGAAACUGGGCGACGUUCAGCUAUCAAACGAAACUAAUUGGGACUAUCUCGACGAACUGUUCGAUACCUCUCAUCAUGAAAUGUUGACCGAUUAGUAAACAUAGUCUAAUACAGGUAUAGAAAUGAACUUGUCGUUGAAUUCUUGUCUCUACGUGUGAUUUAAGCUGAGCCUCUAGUAGCAGUAUUGGCAGCUCCUCCUAUGCAUGCGAAUCGAGCCCUACCAAGGCUGAACGCCUUGCUUUGAUACGACUUUGCCCACAUCUUUAUCCCU